CGAGUGAGUAAGUGCUGGGAGUGCUGUUGGGGCAAGGAACUGCUGGGGGGGGAAGUAGGUCAAGGCCAGCUGAAGAGCAGAGUUGGCUGUUUCGUGGGCAAUGGUGUUUACUGGCACUGGGGCAUUGCACUGCUGUUUGGACAGAGAGAACAGCAAAUGCUCCAGCUGGAGGACAGCAGAAGCUGGUGCUAUGGGAAAAGCAGAGAAACAGAAACACCAAAAGAGGGCGCCCCAGAAAGAGAAUCAGCAUAUGGAAAGUAUGUUUCACAAAUGACAGGUUCCUUGUGGAGGUGGUUUUCAGGGUCCGAGGAUGUUAAAGCAUCAGCAUAAGGCCAUAAAAUGCCAAUCCUCUCGCAACUGAAUUUGCCUGCGAUGCCUCAAGGGCUAGUACCAGCUCCAGAUACUGUCAGCUUAGCAUUUGCAGCAGCCUGGCGACUGGCUCCUGUCUCUUCUGGAGGGCGUAGAUUCUGUUUUGAUUCUGUCCUGUUUCUACCCUGUUUCUGCUUGAUUCAUGUGCUGGGUUUCCAAACUUUAUCUCAAACCAAAGAACUUCAAUGUGCAGAUAAUGAUUUGGAAAGAUACUCUGGAAUAAUGUCCAACCAGGUUUGGAUGCUGGUGAAAUGAAUAUUGUAAACCUCAUAACAGCUUUGUUCCUACGACGCUUACCAGUUUUGCACUCCAGAGGAUAGUCAAAUUGGCGAGUAGCCAGACACUGGUUAUUGUUUCAAAAUGGCAAACAAUGGACAAUAACGUUGUUUCUUUGGGAAAUCCAUUUUCCUGGAAUUCUGGAUAAUUUCGUUUUAACUAAUAAUGAAACUAGAUCAUCACCAAGAUAGAGCAAGAGAGUAUAGAUUUGAAACUUAUGUUUGACUGAACUUUGAUUCACUACUAUUUUAGGCAAAUUUCUACCAAAACGAAUCUAAUCAAUUAAAUUAUUCAAACGAGAAUAUGAAGAGAUGUUUGAUAAAAUGUCAAAGUAAAAAAAACUAAAAAAAAACAGUAAUAAAUGAUCAAACAACAGAUAGUAGGCUAAAAAUGUAUAUAAAAAGUUGAAAUAGUUUUAUAAAUAA